AAAUGUCUGCUGAUUCAAUUUGUCUUUCCACAGGAUGGACAGCUGGAAUUCUGGUCUUCUUCGUUACAAAUAUCUUUCUUAUAAUUUACCUUGGAUUCUCAGUCAUUCAAAAUUGGACUGACUACAAAACACGGAAGGAAACAAUCAAGAGAGAAGUUUUAAACAGUGAUGAUUUACAAAGGAGGCCUUCGAAUGAACUCGAGCACCUUCCCGGACAAGUCCUUGAUAUCUCCGACAACAUGGAUGGAGGUAGAGAUUCUAAAGAAAGUGAGCCUGACCACCACCCCAUCUCUGUAGGAGGUGGAAGAGUCGGAAUCCAGCAUCCUGAAGAGAUAGAAUCCCUUGAAUCCCCCUCCAAAGGGAAUGAACUUCAUAAAUAUGAUGACAACAUUCCUGGAAGUUCCUCUGGGCUACACAAGAUUGAAAUGAUGGGUAGCAUCAAAGUGGCUACUAGAGAAAGCAUGCCUGAGAGUUUCGCAGAAGAGACCAAUAAAGAAAAUGAAGAAUCAAAUACUAAAUCUUACGAAUCUGAAGACGAUGAUGGCGAAAAUGAGGGAGAAGACAAGCAAAAUGAGGCUGAAGAGCCUGAAGCUGAAGAAUUGGAAAAUGAGGCUGAAGAAUUGGAGAACGAGGCUGAAGAAGGAGACGAAGCUGAAGAAGGAGACGAAGUUGAAGAGUUAGGAGAGCAUGACGAUGAGUCUUCAGAGGACCAUGAGGAAGCUAAAGCUCCAGAGAAAGAUCUUACUUCAAUGCCAAGAAAAAACUUGCAAAUCGAAGUUAUUGAUUAUAAGGAAAAUGAAUCGCGAGAGGGAGGGGUUGAUCUUGUAUAAGCAUUGAAAUACACGGGU